AUGCACAAAUACCGCCGGCAGGCGAAGUAUGCCGCCUGGUAUGACGACCGAAACGAGGGCUCACGUUCCAGCAAACUCAACCCUUUUGCGAAAUGGAGGCCUCCCAAUCCUCGAGCCAACACGGUGAGCGCAAUCGAAAAUGGCCACGGACCCGGACCGAGAACAAGCGCGGGCGAAGGUGGUGGUUCUCCUCUACAGCAAACUGUCACGGAUCACCCGUACGAUUAUACAUCGUCAACGGCCGAACGAAACCGUGAGACAGAUGCACACACUUCGCCACGGCAUGCGGUGACAGACCCAAAUGUUCGGUCAGGCACAAGAUCGUACCCACCAGGAGAUGCCCUCAAAAUCCCGCGGUCUAACAGUCCCGUUUCAGCCAUCCAAGAAGAUUCUCCGCAAGAGAAGAAGGUCGAAGAUGGCAAGAGUAGUGAAACUUUCACGAAUGGCACGCACGUCAACUCACAUGAUAGCAAUCCUGUUCGGAAUCGGGCCAACGGCGAGAAGCCGGAGAAACAUGGGCUGGGCAAGCUCUUUGGCAAGAAAACUGAGGACCUGGACGACAACAAUGGCAAGAACAAGACCAAAUUUACUGCUUGGAGUCAGCUCCACGCCACGCUAUUCAAUUCAUGGAUCAACGUCCUUCUCAUCUUCUCUCCUGUCGGUAUCGCUGUAUACUACGCUGGAGUCAAUAAAGUGGCUGUUUUCGUCAUCAACUUUAUCGCCAUCAUUCCUCUGGCAGCUAUGUUGAGCUAUGCGACCGAAGAAAUCGCGCUUCGAACGGGGGAAGUUAUUGGUGGCUUACUCAAUGCAUCCUUUGGUAACGCCGUUGAGUUGAUUGUCUCGAUCAUUGCCCUGGCAAAAGACCAAGUUCUAAUCGUCCAAACAUCUCUCAUUGGCAGUAUGCUGUCCAACCUGUUGCUGGUCAUGGGCAUGUGCUUCUUCUUUGGUGGCAUCAACCGCAUCGAGCAGGCCUUCAAUAUGACUGUUGCGCAGACAGCGUCUAGUCUGCUUUUCCUGGCUGUGAGCAGUCUGAUUAUUCCAACUGCCUUCGAGCAGUGGGCCAGAACGGGUUCCAGCAACAACAGCACCGAAAAUCCAAAGCCGGGCGUGGCCGAUUUGAGCAGAGGAACAGCCAUACUUCUCCUGGUCGUCUACGCCUGCUACCUUUUCUUUCAACUCAAGAGUCACGCCAAGAUGUAUAACAAACCAAGCGAGAAGAACGAGACUCGGGAUGUUGGUGCAAGGUUCAAGAAUGCCGUUCUGCCGGAAAGAUUUCGUCGGCAGACCCCCGAAGAACGAGAAGCGGCCUCUCCCGAGCCAGUUGAUGAAGGGCCAGAGGAGCCUCAGCUCUCCAUUAUGGUUGCCCUUCUGACCUUGGCCAUAUCCACGGUUCUAGUAGCAUUGAAUGCCGAGUAUCUGGUUGACUCGAUCGACUCCAUCACCUGCGGUGGCGGCAUUUCCAAGAACUUUGUCGGUCUCAUUUUAUUGCCCAUCGUUGGCAAUGCCGCGGAGCACGCAACGGCCGUCACAGUGGCGGUCAAGGACAAAAUGGACCUGGCGAUCGGCGUGGCCGUAGGAUCCAGCAUGCAGAUUGCCCUUCUCGUCUUGCCUCUGGUCGUGGUUCUUGGCUGGAUCAUCGGUAAAGACGACAUGACAUUGUUCUUCGAUGGAUUCCAGAUUGCGGUCUUGUUCGUCGCCGUUUUGCUCGUCAACUAUCUCAUUCAGGAUGGCAAGUCUCAUUGGCUGGAAGGCGUCUUAUUGAUGAUCUUGUACAUCAUCAUUGCAGUGGCUGCUUGGUUCUACCCGACUGCUCCAGGUUUGAGCGACUGCCCUGGUGCAUAA